GCGAGCGGCGGCGCAAAGUGAAACUCCGGGAAGUUGCCGUCGCGGGCAGCGCGCCCUCGGGCUGGAAGCGGCCCGGGCCUCCGCCGCCCAUGGCCCUGAGCAAAGGGCUGCGGCUGUUUGGACGCCUGGAGGCCGCGGGGGAGAGCAGCGUCCUGCUGGAGGCGCGCGGCCGCGGCGACUGCCUGCUCUUCGAGGCCGGCACGGUGGCCACGCUGGCUCCGGAAGAAAAGGAAGUCAUUAAAGGACAGUAUGGCAAGCUCACAGACGCUUACGGCUGCCUGGGGGAGCUCAGGUUAAAAUCUGGUGGCACUUCCCUGAGCUUCCUCGUAUUGGUGACAGGCUGCACAUCCGUGGGCAGAAUUCCAGAAGCUGAAAUCUACAAAAUCACCGCAACCGAUUUUUACCCUCUUCAGGAAGAGACCAAGGAGGAGGAGCGCCUCACAGCCUUGAAGAAAAUCCUCAGCUCGGGGGUGUUCUAUUUCUCGUGGCCCAAUGAUGGAUGCCAUUUCGACCUGACCGUCCGGACGCAGAAGCAGGGCGAUGGCAGCUCGGAGGGUGGGAGCUCCUUCUGCUGGAACCAGCUGUUGCAUGUGCCCCUGAGGCAGCACCAGGUGAGCUGCCAUGACUGGCUGCUAAAGGUCAUCUGCGGGGUGGUGGCCAUCCGUACAGUGUACGCCUCUCACAAGCAGGCCAAGGCCUGCCUCAUCUCCCGUAUCAGCUGCGAGCGAGCAGGCGCGCGCUUCCACACUCGUGGCGUGAACGACGAUGGCCAUGUGUCCAACUUCGUGGAGACGGAGCAGACGAUUUACAUGGAUGAUGGCGUGUCAUCUUUCGUCCAGAUCAGAGGCUCCGUUCCCCUGUUCUGGGAGCAACCAGGGCUUCAGGUUGGCUCCCAUCGCCUGAGACUGCACAGAGGCCUGGAAGCCAACGCCCCUGCUUUUGACAGGCACAUGGUGCUUCUGAAGGAGCAAUACGGGCGGCAGGUGGUUGUGAACCUGCUGGGGAGCAGAGGCGGCGAGGAGGUGCUCAACAGAGCCUUCAAGAAGCUGCUCUGGGCCUCUUGCCACGCCGGCGACACACCUAUGAUCAACUUUGACUUUCAUCAGUUUGCCAAAGGUGGGAAGCUAGAGAAAUUAGAGUACCUUUUGAGGCCUCAGCUGCAGCUGCACUGGGAGGACCUGGACGUGUUCACAAAGGGCGAGAAUGUAAGUCCACGUUUUCAGAAGGGCACUUUGCGGAUGAACUGUCUGGACUGCCUGGACCGGACCAACACCGUGCAGUGCUUCAUUGCACUCGAGGUCCUUCAACUGCAGCUCAAGAGCCUGGGGCUGAGUUCCAAACCCAUCGUUGAUCGCUUUGCAGAGUCCUUCAAAGCCAUGUGGUCUCUGAAUGGGCACAGCCUGAGCAAAGUGUUCACAGGGAGUAGGGCCCUAGAAGGGAAGGCCAAGGUGGGGAAGCUGAAGGACGGGGCCCGGUCUGUGUCCCGCACCAUCCAGUCCAACUUCUUUGACGGGGUGAAGCAGGAGGCCAUCAAGCUGCUGCUGGUGGGGGACGUGUACAGCGAGGAGUCGGCAGACAAGGGCCGGGCGCUGCUGGACAGCACAGCCCUGCUGGUGACUCCCAGGAUCCUGAAAGCGAUGACGGAGCGUCAGUCUGAAUUCACAAAUUUCAAACGCAUUCGUAUCGCCAUGGGGACUUGGAACGUGAAUGGCGGGAAGCAGUUCCGGAGCAAUCUCCUCGGAACCACAGAGCUGACAGACUGGCUGCUCGACGCACCCCAGCUCGCCGGCAUAGCAGGGACCCAAGAUGACAGCAGUCCGGCUGAUAUAUUUGCUGUGGGGUUUGAAGAGAUGGUGGAACUGAGUGCAGGGAAUAUCGUCAAUGCCAGUACCACCAACAGGAAGAUGUGGGGUGAGCAGCUUCAGAAAGCCAUCUCACGCUCUCAUAGGUACAUUCUCUUGACUUCGGCACAGCUGGUGGGCGUCUGUCUUUAUAUCUUUGUACGUCCAUACCAUGUCCCGUUCAUCAGGGACGUGGCGAUCGACACGGUGAAAACGGGCAUGGGUGGAAAGGCGGGGAACAAAGGCGCCGUAGGCAUCCGCUUCCAGUUCCACAGCACCAGCUUCUGCUUCAUCUGCAGCCACCUGACGGCCGGCCAGUCCCAGGUGAAGGAGAGGAAUGAGGACUACAGGGAGAUCACGCAGAAGCUCUGCUUCCCCAUGGGAAGAAAUGUUUUCUCUCAUGAUUAUGUGUUUUGGUGUGGCGAUUUCAACUACCGAAUCGAUCUUACUUACGAAGAAGUCUUCUAUUUUGUGAAACGCCAAGAUUGGAAGAAACUUUUGGAAUUUGACCAACUACAGCUACAGAAAUCAAGUGGAAAAAUUUUUAAGGACUUUCAUGAAGGAUCCAUUAAUUUUGGGCCGACUUACAAGUAUGAUGUUGGCUCAGCUGCCUAUGAUACAAGUGACAAGUGCCGCACCCCGGCCUGGACAGACAGGGUUCUGUGGUGGAGGAAGAAACAUCCUUUUGAUAAGACAGCUGGAGAACUUGAUCUUCUGGACAGUGACCUAGAUGUUGGCCCCAAAGUCAGACACAGCUGGUCUCCUGGUGCCCUCAGGUAUUAUGGCCGUGCAGAGCUGCAGGCGUCCGAUCACAGACCCGUGCUGGCGAUCGUGGAGGUGGAAGUACAAGAAGUCGAUGUGGGCGCUCGGGACAGGGUCUUCCAGGAAGUGUCCUCUUUCCAGGGCCCCCCAGAUGCCACUGUCGUAGUAAACCUUCAGUCGCCCACCUCAGAAGAGAAGAACGAGUUUCCUGAGGACCUGCGCACUGAACUCAUGCACACCCUGGGCACUUAUGGGACAAUCGUUCUCGUCAGGAUCAACCAAGGGCAGAUGCUGGUGACGUUUGCAGACAGUCACUCGGCUCUCAGCGUCCUGGAUGUGGACGGCAUGAAGGUAAAAGGCAGAGCCGUGAAGAUCAGACCAAAGACGAAGGACUGGCUGAAAGGCUUGCGAGAGGAGAUUGUGCGGAAACGGGACAGCAUGGCCCCCGUUUCUCCCACCGCCAACUCCUGUUUGCUGGAGGAAAACUUUGACUUCACAAGUCUGGACUACGAGUCAGAAGGAGAUAUUCUUGAAGAGGACGAGGACUACUUGGUAGAUGAAUUCAGCCAGGCUUUGGCCUCCGAUGGUGAACUGGGGGGAGAAGACCUUCCUGGUGUCCCCAGCUCCACAGCAGUGGCUCCUCCUAGCACGUCACCUGUGCUCACCGAGAAGAAGCAGUGUCCCACGUACAAAGAUGACGCGGACCUUGUGGAGCUAAAGCAGGAGCUGGAAGCAGUUGAGAAUUUCCGACACCGUUCUCCAAGCAGGUCUCUGUCGGUCCCCAAUAGGCCUCGGCCACCUCACCCACCGCAGAGACCCCCCCCUCCAACUGGUUUCCUGGUGAAAAAGUCAGCCUCAGAUGUGUCCAUUUCUUCCGGCACCCAUGGGCAGUAUUCAAUUUUGCAGACGGCGAAACUCUUGCCAGGAGCACCUCAGCAACCACCCAAAGCUAGGACUGGAAUAAGCAAGCCUUAUAAUGUGAAGCAGAUCAAAACCACCAACGCUCAGGAGGCAGAAGCAGCGAUCCGGUGCCUCCUGGAGGCCCAAGGAGGUGCCCCAGAAGAAGCCCUGAGUGCCCUGGCUUUGAGGGACAAAGUAUCCUCUGAACCAGAGCCCACACUAGUGGGGGCCAAGCCAGAGACUCCCCAGGUGCCCCUGCUCCUGCCCCGGCGGCCGGCACCCAGAGUUCCUGCCAUCAAGAAGCCGACCUUGCGAAGGACAGGAAAGCCCCUGUCACCAGAUGAACAGUUUGAGCUGCAGACUGUCCAUUUUACAGUUGGGUCCCCAGAGACAAGCCUCGAAACCCCUCUUCUAGCUGCAGUCCCUCGAGUCCCUCCUGUUCCCAAACCAAGAACAUCUCAGCCUGGGAAAGGCGUGGAGAGGAGACCAAUCAGAGGGAAGCCAGCACCAGCUGAAGCCCCUCCCUUGGCAGAAGCCACCAUGCCACCACCUCUGGAGGCUCUGUCUGUCGCACCGAAGGUGCCCCCAAGGAGAAAGAAGUCAGCCCCGGCAGCCUUCCACCUGCCAAGCAGCAGCCAGCCUCUCCAGGGUCUCACUUGUGGCAGUGGUGGUGGCAGCAGCAGUGGCUGUCCCUCUGGAACCCCGCCUGACAUAGGCGCUUUCUUCCCAUCUGUGGAUUUUCUUGGCACUUCACCUGCUACAAGCCCCGGAACUCAUGACACCAAAGUGAUGAAGUCAGAUGCAGGCUCCCUUCUUGGGGACUGUCAAGAUCCAUUCUGGAGCCUCCUCCACCCUAAACUGCUGAGUCAUGCCUGGCUCUCCAAGAGCUCUGACCCUUUGGACUCAGGGACCAGGGCUCCUAAAACAGCACACACAGACCCAGUGCAAGUCAGUGCUUCAGCUGCCCCGGUGGAGCUGCCAUCAGAUUGUGAGCAACAAAACUUAAGUCACUGGGUGACAAUCAGUGACAACGACAAGAGGACGGUGCUACAGGUGUUUGACCCCCUGGCAAACACAUGACUGAGCAACUCAGAAGGCCCCUCUCUUACAGAAUGUGUCAUUUCUUCCUCCAGGCAUCACUUCACUGGGUCAAAAGAGACGUCUAUUUAAAGGCACACUGAAAAAAAUAUCUGUGCACCUGUCACUCUUGUGUAGUUUACAAAAAUUACGUCUCUCAUUCAAUAAGAUUAUUACUCAGCCACCAAAAUAUGUUUUAUUCAAGAUUUGUACAUUUUACUUUUCCUCUUAGGAGAAGGGGAAACUCCUUUAAAAUUCAGUGUAUGGAUUUUAAGAAAGAAAAUCUAACUGAUGAGGCCUAAGACACUCUCUCCCACUGAAUUGUAUAUGACUGUUCAAUCUGUGUGUGUAUGCAGUGGGGAUUUUUGCUUUUGUUUUAUUUGUAUCUCAUAGAUUUGAAAUAACUUUUGGAUGAACCACUUGAAGUUUGAUGCAUAAAAUAGGAUUACAUUAAAAGGGAAGUGGGACCAUUAGUAGCUGUCCUGGCCCACUUAAACAGGUUAAAAGAAUCAGGGAUGGAAGCAGAGAAUAGGUCAACCAAGUGACUAGACUACACAUUCCUGUGAGCCCAUAUGUUUAAGUGUGUCCAUGUGUAUUAAUCUUGAUUAUAUGUGAAUCCCAUGAGAGCUGGUGUAUAAAGUUUGAGUUCCAAAGUAUAUACCAGUCGCUUAACCUCACCUUCAGCUAGCUAAAGACUCCUGCACCAGGUCUUAGAUGUUGCACGCCCUGUAAAUUGCUACACUUCUGCGCCAUGGUAUGCUACUCAAACUGGUUUUUAUCCACUACCUAGUCCUUACUAAAUGAAACCUUAAGGAUUCUUUUCCCCAUUAUAUUCCAUACCCGUAAAAGCACAAAACAUGAAAACACACGCUGGUACAUGGCAGUGAUUCUCAUGGUUAUAAGAUGGACAAUGUUGAUUUCAGCCUAGUUUGCCUGGCUGUAGCUUCAGGAAGGAAGGUUCCACUUGUCCUUGUAUAUAAGAACUGCCAGGGAGGCACUUCUGGUUUGGCUUGUCUGUUUGUUAGGAUUAUUGUUUUGUUUAUACAAUUUUCCAGCAUGUUUCCAGCACCACUUCUCCCCUAUCCAAUAAUUAAAAAGGACAUUACCAUACUGUUUUGUAUUUCAGAAGUAAUAUUAUAAGGUCCAGAAUGCAUUUGGAGCAGAUAUCAUAUUUUUGCUAAUAAGAAGUUCACUGGUAAGAUCUAAUUGCACCGCCUACCACAUUUAGGAUUCUUUCAUGUCAGAGAAUUGUACAGCAAUGAUUCCAUGUUAUCCCUCAUGUGAGUCUAAGGAAUCCCUGUCCUAAAUGCUGAUGGUUAAGGGUAAGAAUCACCUUGCCUGGGAUAUACCACUCUCUCAUCACCAGUCAGACCUCUGGGGUUUCACAAUUAGUUUAUGCUGUCACUAUUAAUAUAUAUUGCAGAUUACUUAAAUCUGGGACUCAAAGACAGAACUAUAACAUGUAUCACUUUCAUCUGAAAACUGAUUAAAAAAAAAUCAGUGACCCACAAAGCUAAACAGAUAAUAUGUAUAGUUGAGCAGUUAUAACAGACUGUAUUCAGGUGAUCAGGAGGCUUUCAGUGGGACACAAAUACUUUAUACAAUUUUUUUUACCUCUAUAAGACAUAAGCAGCAAACAGCAUAACCCUUAAAAGAGUUAGGGAGAGAAAGCAAGGUGAGUUGCUUGGAGAAGAUAAGUGAUGUGCCAGGAUGUGUAUUAUUACUAACAGGGAUAAUCAGAAAUGAAAUUGAAGAAUUCUUCCUUCAAAUACUGUUUUCCCUAUAACUUCUUUUCCCACUAAAAAGGAGGUGAACUUGAAAGCAAAUAUAUAUAACACUACACAGAAAGGCAGUCCACUCACGUCGCUUACAAUGCCAGUGAUCUUCUGUGUUCUAGAUAGCAAAUAAAUGGUACAGAGAACAGAAUUUCUGUUAAGCUACCACACAAGUAGGUCUUAAGAGUCUGAUAGUAUUAACAGAGAAUUCUGUUGUCUUAGGGAGGUGAGCAACAAGAAAAUUAUGAGUAGCUUAACAUUAAGAAUUGAACAAACGAGGCUGGGCAUGGUGGCUCAUGCCUGUAAUCCGAGCACUCUGGGAGGCCAAGGAGGGAGGACCACUUGAGGCCAGGAGUUGGAGAUCAGCCUGAGCAAGAGCAAGACUCCAUCUCUACAAAAAGAAAAGAAAACUUAGCCAGGCGGUGUGCACCUCUAGUCUCAGCUAUUUGGGAGGCUAAGGGAAAAGGAUCACUUAAGCCCAAGAGUUCAGCGUUGCAGUGAGCUAUGGUAAGGCCACUACAUUUCAGCCUAGGUGAAAGAGUGAAACACUGUCUCAAAAAAAACAACAACAACAACAAAAAAAAAAAAAAACAAAUAAUAUUUGAUCAUGUUUGUUCAAAUUAAACAAUAAAGACUAGAUUUUGAGUUGGUAAUGUUUACCAUUCUCAGACCAGAAUUCUCUUAAAAAAAAAAAAAAAGGACAUAUGGAACUGCCUCAUUUAUUUUUUAAAUCAAUGCUUACUGUUUGGUAGGUUUCUCCUGUUAGCAUAAGAGUUGUCUAAAUUACCUCGACAGUGAGUAGCUGCCAUCUUGGGGAUUUCAUUCUGUGGUUUUUUAGUUUUUUAGUUUGUUCAUCUUUGCUGCCAUUCAGGACCUCUUGUUGUGACCUUGUUGUUUAUUAUCGCAUUACUGCUGUCCUCAGACAUGGUUCCGGUCACUGCAGGUGGGUCAGGUACAGAACUUUUCAACUCAACCUUGUCUCUGUGACCCCAGUUGAAUUGUCUGGCACAACACAAUCUUCUCAAUCGUCUUGUUUUAAUUUGUUCCAGUAAGUGAUUGAAAUUAGGACAUCUACCCAAGCAAUUCCUACAAAAGUUUAAAGCUGAAGUUCAAGAUACGUAAUAAAAUUCUCCCCGUCGUGUGUUUAAGUUACCCGAAGUUGUGUCGUAAAACAUUCACUUUAUAAUUAAGUCAUUUCAUUGAGAAGGAAAGCUGCAAAGAUUAUUUAUUGGGUGACAAAGGUUUAAUAAAAAACCUGUAAUAUUUUUUGAAGUAAUAAUUUGUACUGAAGUUGUACAUAAUACCUAUUAAAUGUUUUUGU